AUAGCACUUACAGGGUGCGUUGCUUGCUUAGUUUGCUUCAAUAAUUUUCUAGAUUCCAAGUUUCCAUGUCACCUUACAAAAAGAAACCGUCAGACCAAAAGUCCAAACCAAACCAAACCAAACCAAAUCAUAGACGAUAAGAGAACACCAUCUCUCUCCACCGAAACCUCUGAUUGAGAUGUCAUUACUCACUACUUCCCCUUCUUUCAUGUCUUCUCUUUCCUUCCUUCUCUUCAUCCUACUCCUUUCAGUUCACACCCAACAUGCAAGCUUUGUAGCCAAAUCUCCACUAAAUGAGCAUUUGUCAGAAUACCGCAUUGGCAGUUCUUCUGAAUUUCCCAUUUCACAUAAAGAAACAUUCAGAAUCCAUUCUAAAGCCAGGAAAUUGAAGUCCGCCAAUGUUAUCAUCAGAGGAAACGAAACCAUUCAAAGUGUUAAACGCACUUUCGAGCUGGGUUUCUUUAGCACAAACGGGGAAUCCAAUUGGUAUUUAGGAAUCUGGUACGCCAUCCCUACUCAAACGCGCGUUUGGGUUGCCAAUCGUGAAAACCCCAUCAAAAAUAUCUCCCAAUCUUCAUUAGAAAUCACUGAAACAGGGCAGUUAGCAGUAAAGGAGUCGCCAGAUUCAAUCGUUUGGCAGAGCACAAACACGGAAAAAGCAAAAAAAUUCGAUCUUUUAGAGAGUGGAAAUCUGGUGCUAUAUUCAUCAGAAGGUUCAAAAAUAUGGCAAAGCUUUGAUCAUCCAACAGAUACGUGGCUCCCAGGGAUGAACAUCACCACCCAACGAUCUUUAACCUCUUGGAAAAGCUUGUUUGACCCAUCUCCAGGACACUUCUCUUUAAGGCUAAAACCCCAAGAGUUCAACGAGUUUCAGCUAGUUUACAAUUCAACCAAUGUGUAUUGGUCUACAGGGAACUGGACUGGGGCAGCUUUUGCCAAUGUGCCAGAAAUGACAAUCCGUUAUAUUUACAAGUUCCAUUUCUCUGACCCUUACUUGCCGACGGCGUCGUUUUGGUACACUGAAAGAGCGCUGGAUAACGGGUUGGAACCGCCUUUGACGAGGUUUCAGGUUGAUGUUAACGGGCAGCUGAAGCAAUUCACGUGGUCAUCACAGACCGACAAUUGGAACAUGUUUUGGUCAGAACCAGAGGAUAAGUGCAAAGUUUACGGUUUGUGCGGUUUUUUUGGGUCUUGUGUAAGUACAUCUUUAAAACCUUGUGUUUGUCUUAAUGGUUUUAGGCCUGUGGAUGAUGAGGGUUGGAAAUCUGAGGAUUUUACUAGUGGUUGCAGACGAGAAAGUGAUGACUUUUGUAAGGAUAAAGAUGGAUUUGAGGAAGUUGGUGAUGUAGGGUUUCAUGGAGGAACUACGGUGUCGUUUCAAGGUAGUAGGAGUUCUUGUGAGAAGUCUUGUUUGAGUAAUUGCUCUUGUAUUGGGUUGUAUCAUAAUGGGAGGAGUAAUCUGUGUAAGAAUGUGUAUGGGUCCUUGUUGAAUUUGAGAAAUUUGAGCUCUGAUGGUUUGAAUGAGGAAGUGUUUUACAUUAGGGUGCCAAAAGAAGGAAUUGCAAAAGAAAAUGUGUCUAAAACUAUGGUGUUGGUUGGUAGCAUUGUUGGGUCUAUUGCAGCUUUUGGGUUCAUGGGGGUGAUUUUGUUGGUUUUGAAAAGGAGAAGAGAGAACAAGAAGGGGAAGGAUGAUGAUGGUGUUUUUCCAGGGUUGAAUAUGAAGGUAUUCACUUACAAAGAGCUUAAUAGUGUGACUCGUGGAUUUUCAGAAAAACUGGGGCAUGGUGGAUUUGGUGCGGUGUUUCGAGGUGAGUUAUCAGAUUCUACUCCUGUUGCUGUUAAACGCCUUGAAAGGCCAGGGAGUGGUGAGAAAGAGUUCCGGGCGGAGGUGUGCACAAUUGGCAACAUUCAACAUGUCAAUCUUGUGAGACUCAGAGGGUUUUGCUCUGAGAAUUCUCGUAGAUUAUUAGUUUAUGAUUACAUGCCCAAUGGUCCUCUGAGUGCAUACUUACGCCGAGAUGGUCCUAAUUUGUGCUGGGAUGUUAGAUUCCGGGUGGCAGUUGGCACUGCAAGAGGUAUAGCAUAUUUACAUGAGGAAUGUAGGGACUGCAUCAUCCAUUGUGAUAUCAAACCCGAAAACAUUCUCUUGGAUGGUGAUUACAUGGCUAAGGUAUCAGAUUUUGGAUUGGCAAAGCUAGUUGGCAGGGAUUUUAGCAGGGUAUUAGCCACAAUGAGGGGUACUUGGGGCUAUGUUGCCCCAGAAUGGAUAUCUGGUCUGGCAAUUACACCAAAAGCCGAUGUUUAUAGUUAUGGGAUGACAUUGUUGGAACUAAUUGGUGGCCGCAGAAAUGUUGAGGCACCACAAUCUGCAGGAAAUGCCAAUGUUUAUGGUGAGGGAGGGUAUGGGGAGAAGUGGUUUUUCCCUCCAUGGGCGGCACGCCAAAUAAUUGAGGGCAAUGUGGCUGCAAUUGUGGACAGUAGGCUUGGUGUCGCUUAUAACGUUGAGGAGGCUCAGCGCCUUGCAUUGGUAGCAAUCUGGUGCAUACAAGAUGACGAGGAAGCAAGGCCUACAAUGGGGAUGGUAGUGAAGAUGUUAGAGGGAGUGGUGGAAGUGGCCAUUCCUCCACCACCAAAACUGAUACAGGCACUAGUUGCUGGGGAGUCUUAUCGUGGUGUUAGAAUGGAUUCUGGCAUGUCUACAGCUGGCGGAUGCUCCGACUACAACGUUGGAUUUUCAAGUGCUGGUUCACGGUCAUCUCUUGAUGCAAAGGAAUGUCCUGUCAGCGAAGGAGAGGUGACAAUUAAAACUCUGACCCCAAUUUAUGGUCGGGUGAACAUUACCCAUGAGCCAGAAAGAUCACUCCUCGGCCCACUGCACGGCUGAUGGACAGUCGGAGGGAAACUAUUCAAAGGACUGCUUUAAAUCUCCCAGUGGAGGAGAUGAUUCGCCAUCUUGGAAGCAGAUUUGAUUUGACCCCUGACCUGACUCCACCACAGGAGGCCAAUGGUGCGCGGGAAACUACAGAA